AUGACCAAGAGAGCCGCUUGCUCUUCCUACGUCAUCAUCGACACCCGAGGAACGGGAGAAUUUCAGGGCCCUUCUGCCGGAUUCCGAACCAUGAACUCACGUAUCUUGCUAUCGGUGCCCGGCGGCUCCGAGUACGACACCGUCUACCCCGCCGACUUCACGCAGAUCUCGACCCUGGGAACCAUGAACAUCGUUGCCAAGGUCAAGAACACGCUGGCUUCCAACCCAGACGCCUGCUUCAUCCUUGAAGGCUACUCCCAGGGUGCUGCCGCCACUGUGGCUGCCCUUCCACAGCUCACCGGAUCCGCUUUCGACGCUGUCAAGGCCGUCAUCCUCAUCGGAAAUCCUGACCACAAACCCAACCUUGCUUGCAACGUCGACAACAAUGGUGGAAAAUCGACUGCUGGCUUCAGCGGUAUCUCGGCUCUUCUCUCGCCUGGCAUUCCCUCCAACUGGGUCGACAAAUCCCUCGACAUUUGCAUCUUGGGCGAUGGAGUCUGCGCCUCCCAGACUGGUUUCGGUAUCACCUUCCAGCAUCUUCUCUACCCCACAGAUUCCAACGUUCAGUCCAUGGGCGCUAAUUUUGCCAUCAAGGCUCUCCAGGGAUAG